AUGGGGCUGAAGAUGGGUGAAAGAUACGUGAUAACCGUAGGUAUUAUAUUUCUGUCAGCGGUCUCGUUUCUUUCACUGUAUCUGCUCCCAUCUAGCGGCACCGAUGAGUUUCUUGGUAGAGAGCAUAUCGUGCCUCACGUCAGAGAUCUCGAAGCACGGAGGCUCAUGCAAGAAAAACAAGCUGCAGAGCUACAGAGAAAAGCGGAAGAAGCCGGAAUCGUUGCACCACCAAUCCCCAAGCCGGAAAUUGCGGCAGGUGACGACAGCGAUGCGCGACGGAUAACCGUAAAGCAGAUGACCAAAUUCGCUUGGGACAGCUAUAGAAAGUAUGCAUGGGGUGCGAACGAAUUACGGCCAGUUUCCAAAACGGGUAAAAAAGAUUGCGUACUAUAUUUACAGAUGUAUGUAGAAAAAGCGGAAGAAAUAGCUAAGCUUCUCCUGCCUGCAUUCGAUACUCCUACGGGGAUCCCUUAUGCUGUAGUAAACGUGGUUACAGGUUCGGCUAAAAACUAUGGUUGGGCCAGUGGUCAAAGCUCGAUUUUGUCCGAAUUCGGUUCACUACAACUGGAGUUUGAUUACCUCUCGCACGUUACAGGAAAUAAGAUUUACUCGGAAAAGAUCGAGCGAAUUCGUGACUUCUUGACGAAUAUGGACAAACCUAAUGGUCUCUAUCCGUUGUAUCUGAACCCAAAAACUGGCAAAUGGGGAUCAUUGGACCAUUCUAUUGGUGCUUUGGGUGACAGCUUCUAUGAAUACCUAUUAAAACAUUGGCUGAUUACGGGCAAGAUAGAUGAUCGCACCAAAAAGGAGUAUGACGCUGCUGUUUUUGCCAUGGAGAAAAAGAUGCUGUUUAAGAGCGAAAAGAGCGGACUAUGGUAUUUUGCAAAUCUUCAUGGGAGUCGAGUAAUGCAUAAGAUGGAGCAUUUGGCUUGUUUUUCGGGAGGAAUGUUUGCGCUACAGUCAGCAAAUGAGCCCAACGCUAGUGUUGCGAAUCAUUACUUGGAUCUCGCCGAAAAGAUAGCCCAUACAUGUCAUGAGUCCUACAUCCGUAGUGCUAUUGGAAUUGGUCCAGAAGCCUUCCGAUUUACUGUAGACAGUGAGGCUAAAGCUGUAGCCAAUAAUGAAAAAUACUACAUAUUGAGACCUGAGGUAAUUUUUGGACUCUUGCUCAAUUUAUUUCUAUGUAAGCUAUGCGCCCGAUUUCCGCACGUUCAGGACUGCACCGCCAGUUUAAUUUGUGCAUACGACGUGACCAUUGGCUCCCGAAUGUUCUCCGAUGAUUGA